GCAAGGCGUGGAAUAGCUGCUGAGUUCUCGGUGUGCCGGUGUGCCAGAUGUCAAACAGCUGUGUGGGUGCUGGUGGGUGCUUCCGGAUCUCUCUAUGCACUGCCUCCCAAAGGAGACUCAAAGACACAACUUCUACCAGGGAUGGAGUCGCGGCCACUUCAUGAUGCUAAUAGGGUCAAUUCAUCAAGAACACAUAACCAGUCUACUGGUGGAUGCUGGUGAUAACAAGGCUUGAGAAUAUACAAACACCCCUACUAAACGCUGAAUAAGGGAGCUGGCGGUCAGAUCUGCUGCCCCAACUUUGGGAUCAUUCUGCUUGCCCAGCAGGAAACUGAUUGUACCCAUUCCACCUCUGAUGUGUGGCCAGGGACGCUUCCUACCUCCGAUCUGUCCUGAGAGACUGCUUUUCCGCCUCAGAGCUUCAGAACCCAGCUCGGUGAACCAGCGGUGACCCAUUUGUUUAACUCCUCCUAGCUCAUGCAUUCUUUGAGUCUUGGUCACGGGAAUGUUUUGUCUGGUCAGACGCAAAGCCGUCAGCGGGACAGAACCCACGCUGAACACUCAUGAUGUGUCGGCAGGGGCCUGGGAAAAGGGAGCCCCUGGUGGCUCACCUCUGAAGCAGCUGUUUCUUUUUGUCUCCGGUUUUAAAAGCUCUCUGGAAGUGGCCUGAUAUCCGAGUCUUCUCCAAGAAGGGAAACGUUGAAGUUUUCAUUAAAUAUGUUGACGUCUUAUGUUUUGAAAAGCAGUAGAGUGUCGAAGGCAAGAACCCCAGAACCCUGCCCAUCCUCUUGUGAGCCCUUGGUAAUUAUCUAACAAACCUAUCAUGUGUCCACUGGGCUGGACCAUCUGCGGGGAGAAGUUCCAGAAACCCAAGAUGCCUUGGGGUUCAUCUGCUUCCGGAAGCAGCUAGCCGUGGUCUUGGUAUUCUUCCCUGCCCACCCCACAUCUUGAGCUCUCUCUCUCUCUCCCCUCCCCCCCCCCGCUGUGCUCCGUCCUGAUGUAUACGGCCUUCAUAGCUGUGAAGCUGAAGGAUGACUUUGCUCUUUGGAUCGGACUACAGCGAAGGAGCGAGCCCUGUGUGUAGAAGUCUAUGGGAAGAGACGAACACUAAACAUGUCUCCGCCAAACCAGUCCCUAGAAGGCCUUCCUCAGGAGGCCUCCAACAGAUCCCUGAACGCGACAGGGGCUUGGGACCCAGAGGUCCUACAAGCUCUCAGAAUCUCGCUCGUGGUGGUCCUGUCCGUCAUCACCCUGGCUACCGUCCUCUCCAAUGCCUUCGUCCUUACCACCAUCCUGCUCACCAAGAAGCUCCACACCCCGGCCAACUAUCUCAUUGGCUCCUUGGCCACCACCGACCUCCUGGUUUCUAUCUUGGUCAUGCCCAUCAGCAUAGCCUACACCGCCACCCGCACCUGGAACUUUGGCCAGAUCCUGUGUGACAUCUGGGUGUCUUCGGACAUCACAUGCUGCACGGCCUCCAUCUUGCAUCUCUGUGUCAUUGCUCUGGACAGAUACUGGGCCAUCACCGAUGCCCUGGAGUACAGCAAGCGUCGGACCGCAGGCCACGCAGCAGCCAUGAUUGCGGCUGUCUGGGUCAUCUCCAUCUGUAUCUCCAUCCCUCCACUCUUCUGGCGGCAGGCCACAGCUCACGAGGAGAUGUCCGACUGCCUGGUGAACACAUCUCAGAUUUCUUAUACCAUCUACUCGACCUGUGGGGCCUUCUAUAUCCCAUCCAUCUUGCUCAUUAUCCUGUAUGGCCGCAUAUACGUGGCCGCCCGGAGUCGAAUCCUGAACCCACCCUCCCUCUACGGGAAGCGCUUCACAACUGCACAGCUUAUCACAGGCUCCGCUGGCUCUUCGCUCUGCUCGCUCAACCCCAGCCUUCAUGAGAGCCAUACACACACAGUUGGCUCACCUCUCUUUUUCAACCAGGUGAAAAUCAAGCUUGCUGAUAGCAUCCUAGAACGCAAGAGGAUCUCUGCAGCCCGAGAAAGGAAAGCCACUAAGACCCUGGGCAUCAUUCUGGGGGCCUUUAUCAUCUGCUGGCUGCCUUUCUUUGUGGUAUCGUUGGUCCUCCCCAUCUGCAGGGACUCCUGUUGGAUCCACCCGGCCCUCUUUGACUUCUUCACGUGGCUAGGUUAUUUAAACUCUCUCAUUAACCCCAUCAUCUACACUGUGUUCAAUGAAGACUUUCGACAAGCAUUUCAGAAAGUUGUCCAUUUCAGGAAGGCCUCUUAGUCAGACUUGGGGGUGACUCUUGUUCACCCAUUAUGUCCUGUAACCCCACUGGGGUUGUCUUUUUUUUUUUUUUUUAAUUACUGCCGUUUCUCUGAGACCUGGGUUGAUUUGUGCUAUCUUGGGUCUUGGAUUAAAUCAAUAGAUUUGUUCUGUGUUUGAUUGCCAGCAUCCUCCAGGCUCCUG